AUGCAGCAACAUCGACCUAACCUAUCACCAGUCCCCGAUGUUGGGCGCGUGCCAUCAGCACCACCACGCUUUCCCGCUCGACCCUCAUCUCCGCCGCCAGCUCCAAAUUUCAUCAUCGUCGGUCUCUUCGCGCUACAUCUAGCAAAGCGACUGCUUGAAGGACUUGAAUAUUACCCAGGCCGCGAUGCAGACAUCAUUUGGCUUGUCAACUUCUUAGCGCCCUUCAGUAAUGACUACCCACUGGCGAAGAUAUCAGGCCGUCAGAAAGACGACUACCUUCAGAUAUAUCCAGCAGUAGUAUCUCGGAUGAAGAAGCAACCCCAGUAUCCUAUCAGAUUUAUGCAGAUGAAUCCAGAUCAGCCCAUGUACCAGUCCCGACAGCGCGGCGUUGCGGAGCAGCCAGGGGAGAUGACGGAUGUCAAAAGACUGAAUAUCAUCAAUUUUUGCGAUGCAGCCGGCGAAUGGGGCUCCAGCGUUCCUAUACCAGCGCGCGAGGCGGAAAGAAUGAUUGAGCUAGCUGGUCAACGACGCAUAGCGGAUCUUGAGCGUUCACAAGAGCGUGAAGAGAAGCAAUUGACAAAUGCGAGACAUCCACAUUUCGAGUCUACGAGUUUUUCACCCGAUGAACGCACACGAUAUAUAAACGACAGCUCGCGGAGAGGCGAUAAAUUCUCAGGGCAAGAGGAAGCAAGAACGAACUCGGGGGCUAGAAGGGGCCGGCAUGAGCGACGACGAUAA